ACCUGGUCCGGCGGAGAAAGGGCCGUGGCUGGUUGUGACAGAGGGUCCGGAAGGAAAGCAAGGAAAGCUCUCCUUGGCCUGGGAUUUAAAUGAAGAUGCGUGGUGACUAGGCGCGAGCCAUGGAGAAUGUCGACCCGAACGGGGACAGUACGCUGGUGUCCGGGCGGUCUCCAGCGUCCGAGCAGUCUUCGCUGGGUCUGCUCAGACUGGACUCUGUCGCUGGUUUUUCGGACUGCUUCCUAGAAGAUGACUCUAGUCCGUCGGCGAGAGUACCGCUCUCGCCUGUCAAACAAAUGAGAUUAAACCCUCCAAUGGCCAACAUUAAGGAGGUGUCGUUCACCGAGGGAAACAGCAAGAACACAGAGUACGGGUCGUACGAGAGCGGCGAGGACGAGGAUCCGGCAGAGGAGGACGGCCGGGAGCGUGGCGCGGGGGACGAUGAGGAGGAGGGGUCGGCCGGCGGUCUGGACUCGCGCUACUUGCGCCACGGGCUGCCGGAGAGGGAGGUGGCGCCUGGCGCCGAGUCGGACACCAGCCACGAGGACAGUGUGGAUCUCAUGCCCGCCGUUCUGAUCUCAGCGCCGGACGUUAUUCCCUUCGCUCCGCUCUCCGCCCCCGGCCCCGCUCCCGUUGACAUCAGCGGCCGUCAGAUCUCGGCCCGCUCCACCUCGAUCGGAGCCUCGUCCGGGUCACUGGACGCUGACGGCACUACCAGCGACGGGUAG